UAACAGUGUCCACACCGAUUGUCACCUGUGCAGCGUUUAAAUAUACUAAGGCAGAGCGACUUCGCCAAAUUAAAGUCCGUGUCACGUGUGAAUAACUAUUAGAAUCUGUCACGAUUAUUUUCGCUGACAAUUAAACUGCCAUCUCUGCAAAGUCUUCUGAACUUCAGUGGAACCGACUUCAAAUCCGGUGGACCAUGUUGAUCAGACAGACUACAACUGCGUCACCCAGAAGACCCCAGGAUCUCUACGAGUAUGAUUUCCACGAUGUGAGCCACCCUGAGGAGGUGCUGGAUGCCCUGAGAGGCUUCUACUCUGAAGGCCUGUUCACAGACAUUGCUCUGCAGUGCUCCUCUGGCCAGGUCCUGCACUGCCACAAGGUGGCACUUUGUGCACGCAGCUCAUACUUCAGGGUCAUGUUCACUGCUGACAUGAGGGAGAGGACCAGUAGCCUUGUCAGGCUGCCAGUGGUGGAAGUGGAGGUCUUGUCAGCCUUGGUAGACUACAUCUACUCCUCCAGACUCACCAUAACCCAGCUGAACGUGGAGAGCUUGCUGAAGGCCGCCGACCUGCUGCAGUUCGGCGCGGUGAAGAGGGCCUGCGAGGCCUUCCUGGUGCGUCUGCUGGAGGUAGACAACUGCCUUGGCAUACUGGCGUUCUCCCAGCUCCACGCAUGCCUUACCCUGGAGAAAGAAGCCCGCAGGCUGCUAGCAGGCAGGUUUCAGGAGGUGAUCAAAGAAGAGGAAUUUCUUGAACUGGAUCCUGACAGCCUGAGGACUGUCCUAGCGGAGGAGAAGCAGGAAGUGGUGGCAGAGGCAGUGGUCAGGUGGCUGGGUCAUGACCCUCUCAUCCGAACAAAACAUCUCUCCUCCCUGGUACUGGACAUUAACCCAACAAACUUCAGCAGUGCCUUGCUGAAAAUGCGUGGUUACUAUGAGCUAAAUGAUUUUGACAGCCUCCUUUCUAUGUUCACCUUAACGCCCAUGUUCAAACAGCCCUCCAUGAGGUUUAAUAGCAUGAGAUCCAGCUCCAAGAUGAUAGUAAUUGGAGGUUACCAUUGGCACCCUUUGUCCGAGGUUCAGCGCUGGGACCUGUCGAGUGGGGAAUGGGUGCAGGGUGAAGACAUGCCAGAUCACUCAAAGGAGAGCUAUGCGGUAGCCUUACUGGGCUGUACCAUUUAUGUGAGCGGGGGGUACAGAACCAACACCACUGAGGUGUUGGAUACAGUCUGGGAGUACAACAUCGAUUCUGAUUAUUGGACUGAAGGGCAGCCCAUGUUGACUGCCAGGUACUACCACUGUUCCGUGGCCUGUUGCGGCUGUGUGUAUGUUAUGGGAGGCUACAGAGGAGGUUCUGCAAUGCCAUGGACGGAACUUUUUGACCCACUGAAGAGGAGGUGGCUGGCUGUAACUGAUAUGGUGCAAGGUGUAGGGAAUGCCUCGGCGACUGUGUUGGGAAACAACAUCUAUGUAGCCGGCGGUAAUUAUGGCUUCAAGGGCUGCUGUAGCUACAACAAGAUCCAGAGUUACAAGGUGGACAUAGACCAGUGGAGUAUCCUAACCACUUGCCAACAUCCAGAGUACGGGAUGCGCCUGGUGUCUUUGAACAGCAGCCUGUACCUGGUAGGGGGCCAGACCACCCUUGCGGAACGAUUCGACCCAUACACAGAAGAAUGGAUCCCGCUUGCUAGCAUGAAGGAGAGGAGGAUAGAGUGCGGGGCGGUGGCCAUGCUGGGCUGUGUGUACGUCACUGGGGGCUAUUCCUGCUCGAAAGGGACCUACCUGCAGAGCGUGGAGAAAUAUGACCCUCACACAGACACAUGGGACAUAGUUGGAGAUCUGCCUGAAGCAGCACGUUUGCAUGGCUGUAUCUGUAUUUAUAAUGGCACGUAAUGUGGAAAGGCAGAGGCAAGCCAAAGAUACUGCAUCAUCACCUCAUCUUGGAACGAUCGUAGUGCCAAUUGGGUGAACUGGUUUAAUAGCUCCCAGUCAGGCAGUGAUGUACCAGCUGGUUUGACUUUUAUCGUAGUAUAUGUGGUCUGCUGAAGCCUUCUCCAAACCAGCAGGGAAAACUGGAAAACAAACAUUUCAUUAUCUCUGGGGUUAAAUAAGUUGUUGACACUCUGGGAAAUACGUGUAUUCACCUUUUUUUGCAGAGGGUCCAAAUAUAACAAAAUUUACUAAACCAGCUCCUCUAAUGCUCACUAAUUAACACAGGAAGUCACUGCUCCUGCCCAAGAAAAAGUGAUCCUCUGUACUUUUAAUAGGUUUGUACAGUUGAGUUAUAAGGCAGAUUUUGUUACAUUUAAAUACAGGUUAGCUGUUUCAUCCUGUUUCCAGUCUUCGUGCUGAGCUAACCGUCGCCUGGCUGUAGCAUCAUCUUUAAUGAACAGUUAGAUACUUUUAUUUGUCCCUGUGGGGAAAUUGGUUUGCAGCACAAUCACAAGACAUUUCAUCACAUCACCACAACAGUCACCACUAGACCUCGCACAAAGUGCAUGGGGGGAUAAGGUGCAAGUGCAUUACCUGUUUAAAACUUAAUGGCUUGUGGAACAAAUGAAAACUUGGAUCUCUUUUUAGUGAAUAGAGGGGAGCAAUAUGGUCGCCCAGAUGACAACAAUUCAAAUGAGGAGGCAAGGGCUCUGGUCUGUUCUGUUUCUGUAGAUGCAUUCCAAGAGAGUAGUAUCAGUAUUCUCAUCUAAUUCUUGGCAAGAAAGUGAAUAAGUGUGCUUCCCAAAAUGUCAAACUAUUUCUUUAAGUCUUUAGAAUUGGUAGCUGUGGCCCUUUAGAGUUGAGUAAGUAUGGUGGCUCAGUUGGCCACAGUGUGUAGGUGUACCAUGCAACAUGAAGAGUGAUUCAAAUCCCCCCCCCUACUUUUAGUUACCCUGUACUCUCUCUGUUCAUUGUGAAUCAGCAAAACUGCUGUAUGGCUGCUUUUCCUAGAACUCAAUCUAACUUUUUUUUUUUAACCUUUAACCUUUUCUAACCUUUAUGGCUGAAAUACACGGGGCACAAUACCCGCAGCAGAACGUGUCCUUUUUAAUCAAAUGAAUGCUCAUCUCGA